GCGGGAGGCGGGCCUAGUGUCGGCGCCUGCGGAUCAGCAGGGCUGCGGGCGCCUGCGGGAGUCGGCGGGCGGCAGUCAUGCUGCUCUUCUGCCCCGGCUGCGGGAAUGGGCUCAUCGUGGAGGAGGGACAGCGCUGCCACCGUUUCGCCUGCAACACCUGCCCCUACGUGCACAACAUCACCCGCAAGGUAACAAAUCGGAAGUAUCCAAAGCUGAAAGAAGUGGAUGACGUGCUUGGUGGAGCAGCGGCCUGGGAGAACGUGGACUCCACUGCAGAGCCAUGUCCCAAAUGUGAGCAUCCUCGUGCCUAUUUCAUGCAGCUUCAGACCCGCUCUGCUGACGAGCCAAUGACCACCUUCUACAAGUGCUGCAACGCGCAGUGCGGACACCGCUGGAGGGACUAGGCCAGGCCGGCCCAGCUGUGGUGUCUGUUUACCUUAUUCCUCAGAGUGGAUUCCCAGCUGGGAGCGAGCACUUGUGUCCUGCGGGCCUUUGCUGGUGUGGCGGAAAUGGAUAGCGCACCUGCCAAUCAGUGGAUGAACUCAUUGAUGUCCAGGGAGAUUUUGUGUGUGGGGAAGAUUAUCCACAACUAAUUAUACUCUGUUUAAGGUCCUGUUCAUUCAUCUUUCACAUUUAUUGGGCAAUUGACAUUCUUUUACCAUUAACCAACACUCUUAAAUAUUUAUAUGGUUUGCAUAACUAAUAAAGUAAAACUUACUAAUUUAGUACAUUAGUUCCUAAAUAUUUAACUGUUAAGUGCAAGCUUAUUUAAUCAAAAUUUAUUCUGAAUAUUUAAUUAAAAUGAAAAGUUUAAUAUUGCCUUCUCAGUGUUUUAAAUGACUUAAGAAGUAGAUGUCAAACCACAAAUCAUGAUUCCAAAAUUAACUACAGUACUUAGGACUAAACCGGUUACAGGCAGUGUGGUCUGUUGGUUUUAAGGCAGUAAAUUCUAGCUUCAGCAAGGUGGAGGGAGACCCUGAUAGACAGGCAAAAGGAAGCGCUCGUGAUAAAGAUACUAGCACAGGGAUGGCUCCAGUGAGUAUAAAAGUAUGUCCUGUAAUAGGUAAAAUGGGGGGGGACCAAGCUGAUUGAAAUUUAAAUAUUAGUGCCCUGGCCAGGUAGCUCAGUUGGUUAGAGCAUUGUCCUGAUAAGCUAAGGUUGCAGGUUCGAUCCCUAGUCAGGGCACAUAUAAGAAUCAAUCAGUGAAUGCAUAAGUAAGUGGAACAACAAAUUGAUGUCUCUCUAAAAAUCAAUAAAUACAAAUAAAGUAAGAAAUGUAAAUAUUAGAAAGAAAUGUGAUUAUGUCCCUGAUAAUUUGUAAUGUAUUUCCUGGGCUUGAGCCUGUGAUUCCAUCUCUCCGUGGGUCCUGGUGUUUCAGACUCCAGAGAGCUGCAACUCUGAGGUACCCAGGCCUUGCCCAAGAAGUUUUGAUGCACAGAACACAGCACACACAUGCACACACAUGUGCGCACACAGGCACUCUCACAGAUAAACGUAGGCAUGUACACACACUGAAAUGUGACUUAUUUGGUACGGAAAGGAACACACAGCCAGUAAGUAUGUGAAAAGAUGCUUAUCUUCACCAACAACCAAGUGCAGAAAAACAACAUUAAAUACCGUUGCCUAUCAGAUUGUCAAAGAUAAAAAGCACUGAUAUGUAUAUGCUGUCGGUGAGGGUCACAGGCAUUCUCACACUUCUGGUGGGAAUAGAAGUUGGUACAUUUUUGGAGGGCCACUUGGCAGUAUCUGGAUUUUUUUCUUUUAAUGGUGAGGUUUAUUUUUUAUUUUUAUUAUUUUUUAAAAAUUGAUUUUAGAGAGGGAUAAAGGGAGAUGAGAGAGAUAGAGAAAAACAUUGAUGUGAGAGAGCUACAUCAAUGGGUUGCCUCUGUAUGCAUCCUGACUCGGGGAUUGAACCCUCAUCCUGGAUAUGUGCCCUGAUUGGGAAUCGAACCCACGACCUCCUGGUGUAUGGGACGAUGCUCCAACCGAGUCACCGGCCAGAGUGGUAGCUGUAGAUUUUUUAAAAUGCUGAACCUUAGACCCACAAUUCCACCAUAGCCAUUUUUUGUACAGAAGUACUCAUUCUGGUGAUUAAAGAUCCAUGCCCAGAAUUGUUCACUACCUUCAUUUAAAAUAGCAUCUAUGCACUUGAAACUAAUAGAAUGUUAUACGUAAAUUAUAUCUCAAUGAAAAUUCAAAUAGCUUAUAUAGGCAACAAUCCAACAGCCAUUGGCGGGAUUAUGAAACCAUAGCAUGUACUACCAUUAAAGGCACAAGGUAUGUUUUUGUGCUGACCUGGAAAGUGUUGAAAAUAGCCAGAGGAACAAGGAGGCUGCGAGGCUCAGAGCACAGUAUGAGUCCAUUAAGGAUGUGCACCUGAGCCCCAGCUGGUUUGGCUCAGUGGAUAGAGCAUCAGCCUGUGGACUGAAGGGUCCCAGGUUUGAUUCUGCCUAGGUUGUGGGCUCAAUCCCCAGUAGGGGGCGUGCAGGAGCAGCUAAUCAAUGAUUC